AUGCCGACAAAUCCUGCUGGAAAUACCAGCAGUCCCUAUUCAAUUGACUUCAUUAGUCUAUUCGGAACAGAUACAGAUAUGGACACUAACAAUAAUAAUAUGGAUAAGGACGCUAAUAGUAAAUCCACCGAUAAUACCACAUCCAAAAACAUUGUCAAUAAUGCAGAUAUAAUCAAUGAUCAGCAUAUCAUAUCUAAUUCAUUGAAUUUUAGUCCAGAUUUCAAUGAAACACCAGAUUUAUUAUUAGAACAAUUAGCCUAUUUGGAUAACUUUAUACCAUCUAUGGAAAAUACUAAUAGUAUACAGGUCUCUAAAUGGAUGGGAGAUAAUAAUAUGAAUAACGACUCCACAAAUCAUAUGGAAUCUAAUAUUACUAAGAAUAAUAUCAAUGGAAGUACUCUUUCUUUUUUAGAAGAUGAAAGAUUGGCAUUCGAAUUAGGUGCCUUUGCCAAUGAUACAUUCAUUUUCCCCGAUGAAGAGAAAAUUAAUAAUAAUAAUGAUAAUAAUAAUAAUAAUAAUAAUAAUAAUACUGAAUCGGACAAUAUUCAUGAUUCAACAAAUAACAUUCACAAUAAUCUUCAACAAGGUGAUGGCCCUAGUAAACCAAUAACAGGUGCAAAUAGACAUUAUCUCUCCCAAAAGAGGAAUCACCUUCUAGAAUCCCAAUAUGACCGCUAUAAAUCAAGAUGUUCUUCUAAAAGACAAAAACCAAAUAAUACAUCUUUUUCUGAAAGCAUUACUGCAAUGAAUAAUUCUCCAGACGAUACGAACAUUUUCCAAAUUUCUGACAUACAAGGCAACUCAAAAGCAACUAAGAUAUCUCCCAUAUCCACUGUGACGAGUAAAGACUCCUAUUUAUUCUCAUCUUCUUCUUUAUCUAUUCCAAGAUCUAUCUCGACAUUGAGUAACAUUGAACUUCCAGAUUAUUCCAAAAUUUCAACAUCAACAUUAGUCUCCACAUUACCAAAAGUAGCAAUCCCACCAUCUGCAUUCAAUUCAUUAUUAUUAGCUGGAUUUAAACCUGAUCAAAUAUAUGCUAUUUCCGCCAUCAUGGCAUAUCAUCAAAAGCAACAGCAAAAUCAUUUGAAUGGCACUAACUCCCCCUCUUCAUCUUCCACCACUGCCUUUUCAUCGCCAAACAAUUCUCAGAAUAAUAAUACGAAUAAUAAUAAUAUCGGUUUAUUAUUAAACUUAUUGUCUGGCACCAAUACUAAUAAUAAUCAUGCAAAUAACAAGAAACCAUCUGUAAAAAUUCAAAAUAAUGUUAUACGGACAAAGGGUAAUAAUAGUUUUGAUAGUACAAAAGAAACACUAGGUAAAUACAAUGAAAUCCAUAAAUUUGAGGAACUAGAGGGUGACAGUAGCAGUAAUGAUGAUGAUCAUGACGAUGAUGAAGAGGAAGAGGAAGAAGAUGAUGAUCCUAACUUCACAUUUGAUGCUGCUACAUUAGCUUCCAUUUUUGAAUUAGAUAUCAAAAAGAAAUCUGAAAGUAAACAGGCGAUUAAAGUGGAGGCGACGCAAGAAUUACAAGUAUCGGUAAAAGUAGAUCGUGAACAACAAUUGAAGUCAAUAAAGCUAGAAGAAGAACUUCCCUUAAAUGAUGUUAAAAUUCCUAGAACGGAGUAUGAAGAUAAAAAGAUUAAAGAGAUUAAUCCACAUGAAAAGAGGAAACUAAGAGAAAAUGAAUUAAAAUCUUCUAUUGACGAUUUAAAUGAACUAUCAUUGAAAUUACAAGAUCGAAUACAUAAAUUAGAAACAGAAAAUAAAGUAUUACAAAAAUUAGUUAAAGCUAGUGGGAAUAUCAACGAAAUAUAA